AUGCCAGGAGGUGGAGUCGUUGCCGUCACUGGCACGACUGAUGUCAACCGUGUCGAGGCUCCUGUCACUGUUCGGGCUUAUCUGAUUGUCGCAUUCGCUGCGUUUGGCGGAAUCUUCUUUGGAUAUGAUACAGGUUGGAUGGGUGGUGUCCUCAAUAUGGAUUACUUCAUUAAGCAAUACACUGGAGCUGAAUACCCAGACGUUGUGUACCCAGGCCUCGACUCGACGAGCCAGACGAUCAAAGAUUACCGUAACUCACACUUCAUUGUAGUUCCAUGGCAACAAUCUCUCGUAACAUCGAUUCUCUCUGCUGGUACUUUCUUUGGUGCUAUUAUGGCUGGUGAUAUCGCUGACUUUAUCGGACGUCGUAUCACUAUCAUUACGGGAUGCGGAAUUUUCGUCGUCGGUGGUAUCCUUGAAACUGCCUCCACCGGUCUUGGUGUCAUGGUUGCUGGUCGACUCAUUGCUGGUUUUGGUGUGGGAUUCAUUUCAUCCAUCGUCAUCUUGUACAUGUCCGAGAUUGCACCCAAGAAGGUCCGUGGUGCCGUAGUUGCUGGCUACCAAUUCUGCAUUACCAUCGGUAUCUUACUUGCCAACUGUGUGGUUUACGCCACUCAGAACAGACGCGAUACUGGCUCCUAUCGUAUCCCGAUCGCCGUUCAGUUUCUCUGGGCUAUAAUCCUCGCCAUCGGUCUCGCUCUCCUACCAGAGUCGCCCCGUUACUGGGUCAAAAAAGGCAAGCUCGACAAGGCCGCCUCCGCCCUUGGCCGUGUUCGCGGCCAACCUCUUGAUUCCGAAUACAUCCAGGACGAACUCGCUGAGAUCAUUGCAAACCACGAAUAUGAAAUGUCCGUUGUACCACAGCACAGCUAUCUCGGUUCGUGGUUGGCCUGUUUCAAGGGCAAGCUCUCCUCGCCCUCGUCCAACGCCCGCCGUACUACACUUGGCAUCUUUAUGCAAGCUAUGCAACAGUUGACUGGUAUUAACUUCAUCUUCUACUUCGGCCCUGUCUUUUUCCAGCAGCUUGGCUCGAUUUCCAAUCCCUUCCUCAUCUCGCUCGUCACGACCCUCGUCAACGUGCUGUCCACACCUGCCUCAUUCAUUAUGGUUGAGAAGAUUGGAAGACGUCCUCUGCUCGUCUUUGGAGCGGCUGGCAUGGUCAUAAUGCAAUUCAUCGUUGGGGCAAUCGGAGCUACUGCUGGCAAGAACACUGCCGACCACCCAGCUAACCCAAACGCCACCCGUGCUAUGAUCGCAUUCAUUUGCUUGAAUAUCUCUGUCUUCGCAACGACUUGGGGGCCUUGCGCCUGGAUUGUCAUCGGUGAAAUCUUCCCUCUGACCAUUCGAUCUCGCGGUGUCGGUCUCUCUACGGCUAGCAAUUGGUUCUGGAAUUGUAUCAUCGGUAUCAUCACUCCAUACCUCGUUGCCGACCGUGAGGACUCUGCCCGUCUCGGAUCCAAUGUCUUCUUCCUAUGGGGCUCGCUCUGCUGUAUCUCUUUCCUCUUCGCUUUCUUCUUUGUUCCCGAGACCAAGGGUCUCACCCUUGAGCAAGUCGAUAAGAUGUUGGAGGAGAGCACUCCUCGCAACUCUCGCAAGUGGAAGCCACACAGCACCUUCGCUGGCGAAAUGCAUCUCGCCGAAAAGCACAUCGAGAUCCCUCUUGAGGACAUCGCUGUGUAG